UACACCAACCGCUGAGAGCACUGCAGUGAGUACAACAGAAAUUACUACUCCAACUGCAACUGAAACAAGGGUGUCAACCACCCUUGUAGCUUCUGCAGCAUCAGCUGACACAUUUGCAUCAAGUAUAACUGAGGCUUCUACCGCAACAGCUGAGAAAAUAACAUCAACUAACACUGAAAUUUCAACUGCAACAGAUGUUCCUGCCUCAGCUAGAAUUGAAACAUGCAUGCCAUCUAGAGAUACAACUGCAUCAAAAACUACUAAAGCAUCAACAGUAACAACUGAGACAAUAGCAUCAAGUAACACUAUAGCUCGAGCAAUUGAGAUAAUAGUGCAAAGUACCACUGAAGCUUCUGAGGAACCGGUGCCAUGUACAACUGUUCCUUCUACGAGUGCUAUUGCUAAAACAACUUUAACAACUGUAGCUUCUACACCAACUGCUGAGAGCGCUGCCAUGACAACAACAGAAAUUACUACUCCAACUGUAACUGAGACUAAGUUUUCAACAAAAACUGAGGCUUCUACCACAAAACCAACUGUAACUGAAACAAAUGUGACAAGUCCAUCAGCAAGUAUGAUGCAACAUAUAACAGUUUCAACUACAGAUGUGACUAAUGUUAUGUUUUUAUUACAAGAAAAGCUUGUCAUAUUCUCAGCCACCGAACAACCAACAACCUCCAGUAGAUGGAUCACAUCUACAACUUCAGUCAGUACAUCUUCCGUAACUCCUACUGAGGGCUGGGGAACAAUAUCUACUUCCCACUGGACGAUUUCUUGUACGCCUUGUGUUUAUGAUGAUGUUACAUCAACAACCGGUACAAAUGGAAAUGGCACUCUUCCUACUGAUAGCCCUACAGCUCCAUCCAGAAACGUGUGCGAGAAUGGAUAUUAUGAUGGGAUCAAAUGUAUCUGUCCCGACACUUACAUUGGUCCCAAGUGUGAGUUCGAAACAGAUCGCUGUGAGAACGGCGGAUAUAAGGAGAACGGGAAAUGCGUCUGCCCGGCAGGCUUCAAAGGUGCAACCUGUGAGUUUGCCGACAGCACCAUUGUAGUAGACAGCGUGGAUGUCUCUGUAAAAGUAACGGUGAAAAUUUUAAAUAGAAAUUUCACCGAUGAAUUAAAGAAUCACAGCAGUGACACUUACAAGGACUUCAUCGUGGAAUUCAACCUGCAGAUGAAAGAGAUUUAUAAAAGUGUGAAAGGAUUCAAAGACAUUAAGAUCAUCGGGAUCGAGUAUGGAAGUGUCAUUGUUGAUCACGAGGUUAUCGUGGAAACCCCUUAUACAGAAAACUUGGAGGAAGAUUAUAAUGAGAUUUGUAACAACAUUUCAUCGAACAUCAAUACAGCCGAUCCGUCACAAACCAGCUGCGAUAUCUUUCAGUAUCUGUGUUUCGCUGCAGAGGCCACCAAUGUUACUGGAGAUACAAAUAUAUUUAAUGCUAACGAGUUGUGUGAAAGAACGGUCCCCCCUGAACUCAGCAGCUAUUAUUACGCCAUUAGAAACGGCAGCUCGUUAUCCUGCAUCUCCAACUGCACCCAAGGAUACCCCAGCAGCGUUGAUUGUAACUUCGGAGAGUGCAUGCUGUCCAAAUCAGGACCCACGUGCUUAUGUUUGAACACAAACCAGUACUGGUUCUCGGGGAAGAAUUGCGGCUCCAGGAUUAGUAGGCCGGGAGUGAUUGGCGGGGUGACGGGCACGCUCGCCGUCUUGAUUCUAUUAAUGGUCGUAGCUAUCGUGCACAAGAGACGCAAGCGAAAGUUUUAUUUUGUUUCUGGGAGCAAAAACAAGUAUCCAGAUGACGAAAAUUUAGAGUGGUCUGAUUCCGAGGAGAUCAUCAGAAGAAUAGACCCGACAUCAAACGAAGAGGUUGAUUUCAGUUUCCAUCGUGGAAAUUUUACUCCAGAUCUAGAACGUGUGGAUACUUCUACCAAGGUACAAAUAAAGCGCCCGGAAAUAAAACCAGCAGAUGAAAUGAGAAGCCGGAGUCCUCAAACAAACUGAAAAACUGUGGAAAACAUAAAUCAAAUAUUCUUAUUUCAGAAAAAAAACAUCUGUUUAAAAUGUAAAUAAUUUGUUUCUAAGAACCCAGAAAUGAAAAAUAUUUUAUUAAAUUAUAAUAAAUUUUUAUUUUUAUUAGAAAAAAAAAACACUUAUGAAAUCUCCUCAAUAACAAUGAUUUCUGUGAAAAUAAUUUUUGCAAAAUUCCGCUACCUCCCUUUUUCUGUACUUCUGUAUUUCUCUUUGAAUAUGAAAACUAAUUUUAAAAUUGAAAAAUAAAGCGGUAUCUGAUAGAUACAUACAGGAAAAAAAAGCAUAUGAUAAAAAGAAACAACAUCAAAAACAUAUUGGAAGGCUGUAGUGAGCGAUUAAGCUCUUCCUAUUGGCUGUCAUGUCGCCUUAUCCCAUAAAGCCCUUGUCGUCUACUCAUGUACAAGACAGUUGGAGAUGCCAAAUGUGAAGGGUUCUUCUGGAGUAGCUCGACAAACCUUCUAGAAUGUGACUUGGUCAAUAGUUGCAGCUUUUUUGGGACUCUGUAGUUGAUUGGCAAUUAAAAUAAGUUUUUUU